GUUAUGUGAUUUUAUUAUUUAUGUAUUCACGUGUUUGGAAGAAAAACGAUUCGCAAGAUUAUUAUAAUAAGGUGUACGUUGAAAUUUGUAAACAAAUAAAAGAAAAAAGACCGGUCAUUUGAUCGUGACACAAUUUCGUGAGAUGGCCCAAAUACAGAGUGAAAAAAGUGGGUUGGGCUGCAAUGAAAUUUAUGUGGCGGUUACUUCGACGAUCAUGCACUACCUGACGCAUUCCAAACACUCCGAGCCGUAAUUUCAUACGUGCGUUUAACAGAACCGAGUAAACAUAGAGACGAUCCGUAUUGUGGUCAUCCGGAAUUGUCAGCAGACAGGUUGUUAGGUUAUGUCGUGUCGAGGUCACCUAAAUCGGAUUAAUUUUACGCAAUAGAGAGGAUGCAACGUAAUUGUUUGGCCACAGGGGCCUCGGGACGACGUUUCGACUGUUGUCGAUUACACGAUGUGUACCGCGGACGCGUGGAAAAUUGCGAAAGUUGCGAACUAUGGAAUUUUACCUCGAAUUAUGGCGUUCAGACGACAGCGGACGGACGGGUUACGCACGGCGCUACGAACGAAUUCGUCUGCCGCCUUUACAGGUCAAAGUGAUCCGCGUGCGAUUCACAAUUCAACUGACUGGCAGAUAAUCAUGGAAGUGGAAAAUUGCAAUUCGCACGGAGAUCAUGAUAAUACUGCACCAAAUACGCCUCUGCAUGAGAAUGAUCCUACUGGAACUAAAAAGUGGUAUCGGCAAGCUAGUCAAAGAAUUUUUGUCAACCGCAGUCUUCAUUUAGAAAAUAUCAAAUUCUAUGGCUUUGAUAUGGAUUACACAUUAGCAGAGUAUAAAUCACCACAAUACGAGCAACUGGGUUUCACGUUACUGAAAGAUCGACUUGUAUCAUUGGGAUACCCGCAAGAAAUCAAAGCGUUCGAAUAUGAUCCCAGCUUUCCGGUACGAGGACUGUGGUUCGACACCCUUUACGGAAAUCUCCUCAAAGUGGACGCCUAUGGAAACAUCCUAGUUUGCGUUCACGGUUUCGAGUUUUUGAAACAUUCGCAAGUAUACGAGCUUUAUCCGAAUAAAUUUUUACAAUUAGACGAGUCCAGGGUAUAUGUGCUCAACACGUUGUUCAAUCUUCCCGAAACGUAUUUAUUAGCAUGUUUGAUAGACUUUUUCACGAAUUCGCCACAAUACACGCGCGAAAAAACCGGGGUGAAAGAAGGAGAACUGACGAUGAGCUUCAAAAGUAUAUUCCAAGAUGUCCGAAACGCGGUGGACUGGAUACAUCUACACGGUGAUCUUAAAUCAAAAACUAUCGAGAAUUUGGAUGAAUACGUAAAGAAAGACCAGAGGUUGCCCACCAUUUUGAAUAGAAUCCGAGAAAGUGGAGCGAAAGUAUUUCUUUUAACGAAUAGCGAUUACGUUUUUACCGACAAGAUUAUGACUUAUCUUUUUGACUUUCCACAUGGGGCAAAGCCGGACGAACCACAUAGGAACUGGAAAACAUAUUUUGAUACUAUCGUAGUAGACGCUAGGAAGCCGUUGUUUUUCGGUGAAGGUACAAUUUUAAGACAAGUGGAUACCAAAACUGGAGCUCUGAAACUUGGAACGCAUAAAGGCCCACUUCAUACAGGUGAAGUUUAUUCAGGAGGAUCUUGCGAUGUUUUCACGGAAUUAAUAGGCGCAAAAGGCAAAGACGUAUUGUAUGUUGGAGAUCAUAUAUUCGGUGAUAUUUUAAAGAGUAAGAAAAUCAGAGGAUGGAGGACAUUUUUAAUAGUACCUGAACUAGUUCAAGAGCUUCACGUUUGGACAGACAAAUGUCAAUUAUUCGCUGAAUUACAAAAUUUAGAUGUUAUGUUAGGAGAAAUGUACAAAAAUUUAGAUAGUAGCACAAAAGAAAAACCCGACAUUUCCAAACUGCGAGCAUCAAUAAGAGACGUUACGCACAAAAUGGAUUUAGCUUACGGAAUGAUGGGUUCGUUAUUCCGUAGUGGUAGUAGGCAAACUUUUUUCAGUAGUCAAGUAGUGAGGUAUGCUGAUUUAUAUGCAGCAACAUUCUUAAAUCUUAUUUAUUAUCCAUUCUCGUACAUGUUUCGAGCUCCUGCUAUGUUGAUGCCUCACGAAAGUACAGUAGCUCAUGAACAAAGAUUCGUUAUGGAAACACCGAUGAUUAGUCGGUCUCGAACUUACAAAUUCACCGACGAAGAAGAAGAACAAAGUAAACCUCCUAAAACAUUAUAUGUGGAUUGUCCCAAUAAUCAAAUACCACAUGCUAGACCUGAAACUCCACGCAAUGUAACACAUACACACGAUGAAGAUUGCAGCGACGAAGACAGUGACUCCCAGAAACAGGCGAAUCAUGUAAGAUCUUGUCCAAGAAAUUCCAAUUGUAAAUGAAUUAUUUUCAUUAUGAUUAUUCUAUGUUUUAUGGUAACGCUCUUUGACAAUUUAUCAAUGAUUCAAAGAUUUAGUACGAUUUUACUACGUCAUAGCUGUACUUAAAGAUCUUGAGUAAAUUUAUUAAAUUAUAUUUUGUUUCAUGUCA